AGCAGGUGAAAGUUGUGCUCGCGGAAAAGCAACGUGUAUUUCGGCCAUUGGAAAGGAAACAGCCGGCGGGUCCAGGCCAGCAAAGACCUCUGGGACUACCGGCCUCUUCCUCGAACAAAAGAACAUCUAAGAGUCAAGAUGGCGGAAUCACUCGUGAAUGAAACUGUGGCGAAUCUUUCGGCGGCAGUAAACGAAACGGCCAAGAAUGCCACUGGAAGAGCCGCGGCAACGCCGGAAGGAAUGUUUGUGGCGUAUUCUAGUUUGGUUUUGAUGGCCCUUUUACCAAUAUUUUUUGGUUCUUUUCGCUCAGUCAAGUAUCUCAUUGAACAGAAGAAGUCUGGUGAACAGCCCGAAAGCAUGACAUCAAAAGAUGCUGCCAUGUUUCCCAUCAUUGCCAGUUGUACCCUUCUGGGUCUUUAUAUCUUUUUUAAGCUGUUCAGCAAGGAAUACAUUAACUUGCUUCUCACAGUGUAUUUCUUUGGUCUUGGUGUGUUGGCUGUCACACAUCUGCUCAGACCAAAUGUUGAACUUUUGCUGCCAGCAGCAUUUCCAAACAAGAACUAUACUCUUGAUCUAACAGAGGGAAAAGGUGACAAGAAGUCAGGUAAUUCUGAUACACUGCCAUAUUCAUUGGAUAAGUAUACUAUUAACAGGGUUCUCCCUAGCUUUCAGCACAACAGGUAAGGGACCUUUUCAAACCAGUAAAGCAUUUGGUUAAUGCUGGACGUUCUGCAAAGGAUAAGUGACAAUUUGAACUUAUGCACCACGUUGGUUGAGCUAACGUCAGCGCUGUCCCUCUAAGUAUAAAAAUAAUCUUCACACAAUCAAGUUUUUUCUCUAGCCGUACUGACUGCUUGUGUUCUUCUGAAUUGCCAUGCUCUGAUAUUGCGGCCUUCCUGUAAUGUGUACCGGGCGUAGUAGCAUAUUUCACAUUUUUGCCUGUUUUAAUUAAUAUGCUUUUUUUUACAAAGACAACAAAACAUUCCAUCGCCCUCUUUAAAUGCCAGCCACCAUACAAUACUUUUACAGCAGAAUACAAUGUCAUAAAUGAUCCAGUCAUGCUUGAAAACAUGGGGCUUUGAUGGUAACUGCCUGCUCAUUUCAUUGGAAGAUAGCGACUUCAGCUGUUUUUUGCACAUAGUAUAUGAAGGUGUAAACCAUGGGGUUGGCUACUACCAAAAGCGUCUUCCAGAAUGCAUAAAUGCUGCUUUUCUGAAAUACCAGACUGUUUAAAUGUUUUUAAUUCUGAUGCUGCUUCCAAUGGCAUUUUGGCAGUGUGGUCUCUUUGGGUGGU